AUGGCAUCGUUUUGCAGAUCAGCGUUAAUGGCAGGUUCCAGAAACUUAGUAUCUAGAUCCAGAACCGUAACUCAAAAAUCCCUCAAUCUUAAACCAACAACGACUUCAUCCCCUUUCCCUUCUGUGUCCCAAUCCAUCCCUCGCGCUUCUAGGGUUCUCUCGGCUUUGGGAAGCGUUGAAACAAUGAUUCCGCUUCACAGUGCGGUUGCUUCAGCUCGGCUCCGCUCAAGCAUUGCUGCUGAUUCCUCCUGUUGGAGCUUGCUUUCCCAGGGACUUGCCACGCCUUUGUGA